UGGACCCUUCUUCGCAAAAAGACGACCCCGCUCCGGGUACCUCGGACCUCAGGGUUCAGGAGGGCUGACUUAGGAUUCGGCCGAAGUUGCUAUGGAGCCUUCCGAUCACCGUGUUCAUCUCCCAGUUUGGAAGAGGAUGAUGAGAUUAGUGAGGAAACUUUGAACUCUGACAUUCAGAAACUGAAGGAGAAAAAGGAGAUGCUGGACAAGGAGAUUUCCCAGUUAGUAAAAGAAGGCUACCGUGUGGGUGAGCUAGAGGGCCACAUCUCUCUUCUCCAUGAGUACAAUGACAUCAAGGAUGUGGCACAGAUGCUGCUGGGAAAGCUGGCUCUGACCCGAGGUGUCACCAUCAAGGAGUUAUAUCCAGAUUUUGGUCUAGACCUGAGUGACUGAGCAGAGUCUUGGAGACAAUGGGACAAGUGGAUGGAGAACAUGAAAAGC